AUGAGGAUGAGGAGAUUUCGAAAGAAGAAUGAAGUUUCUUAUCUUCAAACUAUACCUCGUGAAUUGACAACACAAAUUUUAUGUCGAGUAGCAGCAUCCUCAGCAGCCGACAUCUCUAACAUUAAGUUAAGUUGUAAGGAAUUAAGAGAAAUUGCUGAAGAUGGAGACGUCUACCGACAUGCAUGUUUGGACAAAUUUCCGAUCUUAGAGUGGAGUCCAUUAUGUGAGAAAAAACAGAAGUUUCUCAACAGAUGCAAACAAACCUCUAAUCCUGAAAUAUGGUAUAGAGAAGCACUGUUGGAUUUUUUCAAAAAGACAGACCUAGAAUCAGCUAUUCGAAACUUGGACAAGGCCGUGAAAAUGGGGCAUGUUAGAGCCUUGUAUGCUUGCUGUAUUAUCUCUCUUAUGAGUGGGAUCGAUCAAGUCAAAGAGGAGGGGAUUAAAUUGAUGGGUAAAAUGAUUAGGAAUGGAUAUAUAAAGACAAGAUUGAGAUGGUGCCGUCGAAAAUUGAUAGAGGAGUUGGGACAAAUGUGGAUAUCCAAUCCUAUGCUCAAAGAUCCGCCCAUCUUUUGUAGCAAACUCCACCGCUGCUACCCAAAAACUAAUAAUUGGUCCGACGAAGAUGAUUGUGAAGCUUGUGCUGCUGAUACGCAUGUUCAACUUAUCUCUUCUAGUUGUGCUAACUAG